AUGCCCAGCCUCGAAUACUUGGUGGUUCACGCGCCAUUCGACGGUGUCGAGAAUAUCAUCACGCGUUCGAAAUUGACAGCGCUCCGGGGCCUGGGCGUGUCCCCGGCUUCAAACGAGCUCGCUUCUGUCUUGGACAUCGCCGCGACACAACCACGACUCGCGCAUCUGGACGUUAAAAGUCUCAACGCGGCUCGCGACCCUGGCUGUCUCCCGUUCAUCCGCGCGCUCGCCUUAUCGUCACCCCCCACAACAGGCGACCGCUGUCUGCGACUCGAAACGCUGUCGUUGGAUAUCGGCAUUCCCACCCAGACUCAGAGCAAUGCGAUCGUUGCUUUACUGAAGAGCCGCACAAAAACCGCUGUUUCCCGGGCCACGGGGCCGGCUGUCGUGUCCCCGCUUGCCGGAGCGGACGUCGGCCCGUUAGGCCGGGCAACGGUGACAGUUGCGCUAAGGGCAGUAAAACGGAGGGGCAUUGCUCUGUGGUUACUGGAUAUUGCCAAGAGUUCCGGGGAUGGACGGGCAGUGGUGCGCGAGCAAGGUAUGAAGCUUGAGUAA